CCGGAGCCGAGACCGGCGAUAUCGUUGCCUGCUGGUCUAAAGGAGUGGCAUUCUUACGCACUGGUGGUCCCUCACAACCAACGCAUCCAUUCUGCUACGCCGGGCGACGCCCAGCAGACGCAGCAUAGCACUGCUGCUACUGCAGCUGCAGCUCCUCGCAACGUAUACUGCUCGCGCGAGCGCCUUGCGUCCCGCAGCUGGACUCGAGCACAACGAAACUCGCGCUCCGAAGCCACAGAGACGAUGCGGCGCGCCGUCCUAAGAGCCGCAACGCGCCGCCGCCGCCGCCGCAACUUCUCGGACGCACUACCGGCAGCGUCCGGCGGCGUCGGCGUGAGCCCCGCCGUUAGGGAUCAAACGCAAUUCGAGCAGUUACGAGCCGAGGCGUUCGCCAGGAGGAGCCGCCCGGAUAUGGCGGCGCUGGUCAAGUGUGGUUCGUUACAUGAAGCCGUCGCUGAAGUGGUCAGUGCGAAAAUGUCCCGGGCCGCAUCCGAUACUAGAUUGCCGCGCGGGGCUUUGCGGCAAUUGCUCUGGGACGCGCUUCGAGGCGACGAGCGCGUCGGUGCCGACGUCGCGGCCAUCAUCAAGAGAGAUCCAGCAGCAACGACCCAUUUACAAACGAUAGCAUAUCUCAAAGGGUUCCACGCCGUGCAGGCGCAGCGGGCGGCCCAUGUGUUCUGGAAGGCCGGAGGCUUUGAGAAUGAUCAUGUCGCGUUCGCGAUCCAGGAUCGGAUAAAUGAGUUAUUUGCCGUGUGUGUCCAUCCAGGAGCGCAGAUCGGCGGGGGGUGUUUUAUUGAUCACGCGACUUCUGUCGUGAUUGGCGAGACCGCCACCAUUGGGAGGGACUGCACGAUUCUGCACGGCGUGACGCUGGGCGGUACUGGUAAAGCUCGAACGAAGCGGCAUCCGUCCAUUGGGGAUCGCGUCACUCUAGGUGUCGGUGCGACGAUCGUCGGAGAUAUAAGAAUAGGCGACGACGUGACCGUAGCCGCCCAGGCGGUCGUGAGCGUGGACGUGCCGCCGGGCAUGACCGUGGUCGGGACGAACAAUUUAUUGGAUCCGGCGAAGCUGGCGGCGCGCGUGCGCGAGGCGCCCGACGUCUGGGCCUUUGAUCCCGAGCUGCACCUCGUGGCGCCGGAUUCGGACGCCGGCGCGGCGGCGUGGCACGGCGGGAAGGGCGUCGGUAGCCAGGGCGGGGGGCGUAAGGAGACGUCAUAG